GUCCAACCCUUCACCCUCUGAGGUCUCACAUCUGUGUCAGUGAAAGCAGAGACCUCUCCUCUGCUGCACACUGAGGUUCCCCAUCAGGUCUUUGCCUUGAUUGCUACAUCAGACCCUCAGAUUCGCUGGUGCUCUCUUCCUGCCAUGUCUGACAACGAAGAAGUGGUGGAGGAGUACGAGGAGGUGGUGGAAGAAGAGGAGGCUGCUGAAGGGGACGCACAGGAGGAAAAACCAGCUGCAGAGGAGGAGGAGGAGGAGGCAAAUGAAGAACAAGAUGGAGAAGGGGAAGGGGAAGCAGAGGAGGGAGAAGAAGAGGAGGCCAAACCAAAAUUCAAGCCAUUCAUCAUGCCUAACCUCAUCCCUCCCAAGAUCCCAGAUGGAGAGAAGGUGGACUUUGAUGAUAUACAUCGUAAAAGAAUGGAGAAGGACCUGAUGGAGCUUCAGACUUUGAUUGAGGCUCACUUUGAGAGCAGAAAGAAGGAAGAGGAAGACAUUGUCAAUCUCAAAGAGAGGAUUGAGAAGCGUCGGUCUGAGCGAGCAGAGCAGCAAAGAAUCCGCAAUGAGAGAGAGAAGGAGCGACAGAAGCGUCUUGAGGACGAGAGAGCACGUAAGGAGGAGGAAGAGGCCAAAAAGAGAGCAGAAGAUGAUGCUAAGAAGAAGAAAACCCUCACAAGUCUCCACUUUGGAGGCUACAUGCAGAAGUUGACGGAAAAACGGAGUGGUAAGAGGCAGACAGAGAGAGAGAAGAAGAAGAAGAUCCUGAGUGAUCGACGCAAAUCUUUGGACAUCGAAAACUUGGGCCAGGACAAACUCAAGGAGAAAGCUAAAGAGCUUUGGGAGUGGAUGUACCAGCUGGAGGCAGAGAAGUUUGAACUGCAGUACCAGUUUGGCAGACAGAAAUAUGAGAUUAAUGUGCUGAGGAACCGUGUCAGCGAUCAUCAGAAAACAUCCAAGAGGACCAAGAGAGGUCUGAGGAAAUAGACGCCGACAUACUGAGGGAGAAGUGUAUCCGCCAAGCCCUGGAUUUCCUGCCACACCCCAAUCCCAACGCAUCAAAUCUUAUUGUCCUCCUCAAUUUCGAUCCUUUAAAUUUUGCUUUAAGGGUGUAAAUAAAAC